CUCAGGGGAUGAAUGAUAUCGUAAGUCGAUUUCUAGAGGUACUGGAUUCAGAAGAGAAUGCUUAUUGGUCAUUUUGUGCCUUUAUGAGUAAGGUUUCUUUAACUUUCAGUGAAGAAGGACUUCGACAGAAAAUUGAUUUAGAGGAACAGUUGUUAAAGAAGUUGGAUCCCGAACUACAUGCUCACGUUACAAAGAUCGAUGUGGAUCGCCUGACAUUCUGCCAUAGGUGGCUGCUUUUAGGUUUUCAGCGUGAAUUCAGACAUCAAGAAGCAUUACGCCUUUUUGAGAUUCUCAGCAGCAACCACCUAGAAAUGAAUUCAUUUGAAGCAGAAAAGACCAGAUGCUUGGAAAGACUUUCCUGUAUCCAGCAGAAAGGAGGAGAUGCCUGCAUUCAACUGUCCCCUAUAAAAACAAACUUCACAUUUGAAUUAUUUGUUUGUGCUGCUAUUCUUUUAGAACACAAAGACACUUUGCUCAAAUGUUGCAAUGAAAUGGACCUCAUUCUGUUUACAAGCAGUUUACAGAACAAACUGAGCUUGAACCCUAUCCUUGAAAAGGCAGAAGAACUUUUCUUUAACUAUUGCACCGGGACAGUAUUAGAGUGCUUCAGAAAAUAUUACCUGAAACCUCAGAAAAGAAUGUCUGGAAUGUUCUUACUGAAGAAUGUGCUCCUUGAAAAAACGCUGACAUUUUAACCAGAUCUAAGAUCUAUUCAUAAGUAGAAUGAACACUGCCAAGAAAAUUAAAAGGAGGAUUUCCGUGAUGACAUUUUUCCUCUGACACUUGUGUAAAAUUAACUCACUCUGCCCACAGACUUUUGUGUAAAUAUAAUUUAUUGCUAAAAUUAUGUGGCGAGCAAACAAGCAGGUUAUCUGUUCUGUACCCUUAUUCUAAAGGCAGUCAUUACUCCAAAAUCUGUUUGCCUGUGCUUCACUUUAGUCCUUUUUCAUGGAAAUACGCUAAGCAAGAGAUCACUUCUUCAGUUAUUCACUUUGCUUUUGAAUGACUGUGGUAAUUAAAAUACAGAGAAGGUGUUUGUCAUUUUUCACUUUAUCUUAUAGAAAAACUUACUUUAAAAGCAUGGAAAAUUAUGGCACUUUGUUUCUGGAUUAUCUAACAGGUGCAUAGAUGUCUUAAGUUUAUUUUGCAUUUUAUCAAAUGGUCUAUAUGUGUAGAAAAUGGAUUUCUAAGUUUGACAACAACAACCCAGAUGACAUGUCACAAAAGAAUUGAUCAGAAUACUGAAGGAUCAGACAGUUUGGAAUAGAUAUUAUUUAUUUGAAGGUGUACUGGGGGGGGGGGGGGGGUUGUGAAGUUCCAAUUGAAUUUUAAAUGAUUAGCAGAUACUAGAGGUUGUCAGCCAGAAAUGAAAUCCACUUAUGGAUUUGAGGUAAGCCAACACUGUGUGAAAUAUUUCAUAUCCAGGAAUAGGCAAAAUGUGGGGAUAAAGCCUCUCACUGAGUGACAUCUCUGUCUCUGGCAUCAUGCCCUUCCUAACUACAUCACAUGUGCCUGCUCUUGCCAGCUAGUUGAUGGUUGUGGAUUGGGUAUAAUUUGGAAUAUAGAAUAUAAGGGAAUUUAGGCAAACAUGCUUGCAUAUGGGGGCUACCUUUCUUAAAAAUACAGAUGAGAUGUAACAGUACCUUAACAAAUUGUUUUAAAUGUAAAUAAUACUGAUUUCCAUCCCAGGUUUGUUUUCUGUCAUGGACCAUCUACUGUCAGAUGCAUUUUGCUAUCCGCGGUGGUGCAGCAGUAGCGUUGUUGCCUCACAGCAAGAGGUUCUCCCGUUCGA